AGCGCGGCGCCUCUUCGCAUUUGGGAAGAGUCGCGGUUGUCCACGCACCCCGCCGCCGCAGACAGCGGACAACAUCAUCCCCACUCUCCAUCCAGGUGCCCUGCGCGCCCGCUCUCCUCGUCGACUGCAUGAGCUCCACACAACACACUCCCACCCCCUGGAGGUUCACACAUGAGCCGGCUGCUCUUUGUGUUUGCCCGUGGUCGAAGUUUUGCGCAGACGGCUCAAUUUGACCCCAAGUGCGAAGAGAUUGUUUCGUGUGUGUUUUUUUUAUUGGCGGCAUCUGCAAGCAACAUCGUUAGCAGCAGCAUCAUCAUCAGCAGCAGCAGCAUCAGCAGCGUGCGCCUCCACGUUAUGCGGUGCGCGGAUGGUGCGGGGAUCCUGGACGCGAGAUGAGACGGAAUUCUGAGUCCAACUCAUUCCUUCUGCUCGUGGUGGUCGCGCUCCAGGCCUGCAUGGUGGGCGCCUUCGUGGGCAACAUGACCGGGACGGCCGAGUCUACGGUGGAGAGCAGCGUCACCUCAUCCACCUCAUUGAUCUCAUCCACCUCAUCGACCACCUCUUCUUCUACCACGCAAAUUCCGGUAGCGCUGGCGCCGCAGGCACCGCAGGCACCGUCCAACGAGCUGCACCCGUCCGAGCGCCGUCAGUUCUGCGAGUGGCCCUGCCGGUGCCCCGCGCUGCCCCCGCGCUGCCCUCCGGGCGUGAGCCUGGUGACGGACGGCUGUGGCUGCUGCAAGACGUGCGCGCGUCAGGGCGGAGAGCGCUGCACCGAGGCAGACACGUGCGACUAUCACAGGGGCCUCUACUGUGACUACUCCGGGGACAGACCUAGGUACGAGAUAGGCGUUUGUGCAUACAUCAUCGGCGUCGGCUGCCGCCUCAAUGGCGAGCACUACCAGAACGGGCAGACGUUCCAGCAGAGCUGCCGCUACCGGUGCACGUGUGUGAACGGCGCCAUCGGCUGCGUGCCCGUGUGCACGCACGAGUCGCGCCCACCGCUUGUGUGGUGCCAGCGGCCGCGGCGCGUCGCCGUGCCGGGGAAGUGCUGCGAGCGCUGGGUUUGCGACGACAUCCGCGCCAAGAUCAGGAAGUCCGUGCCCAAGCACCUCGCUCUGGCAGUGUUCCGAGACGAGCGCGAGGAAGACACCCUGUGGAGGAGCAACUGUCUGGUGCAGACAACAUCGUGGAGCCCGUGCUCUGAAACGUGCGGCCUGGGAAUCUCGACGCGCAUCACCAACCACAACGCGGCCUGCAGCAUGAACCGCGAGCGCCGCCUCUGCUACGUGCGGCCCUGCGAGACCAACGGAACGCACAGCAUCCGGGAGGGACGCAGCUGCCAGAGGGAGUACCGCUCGCGACACCCCGUGCGCCUCGAGCUGUCCGGCUGCACUAGCGUCGUCAGCUACCUGUUCAAGUUCUGCGGGGGCUGCCGCGACGGGCGCUGCUGCGACCCGUACCGCACCGCCACCAUCAGCGCCGAGUUUACCUGCCCCGACGGAACGCGAACCAAGUGGCAGCUCAUGUGGAUCAACUCAUGCCGAUGCCACAGGCUCUGCCGGAACCCUAACGACAUCUUUGCCGACUUAGGAAACCACGAUGGUUUCAACGGGAUUGAAAACUGAGCCGUCCAUGACCAGGAAUGUGAAAUUGCUUUUGACCACACUUUUACUGUUUUGACAACGGCACGCAUUUAUAGAAGAGGGGGGUGAUGGCGUAAAGCCUCAGUGUCUCCCUGAGGUUCACAUGUGCUCUUUGUUUAUUACUCUACAGACACUUCAGUAUUGAGAUUCGAAAACCAACAUGAUCACAGGUUUGGGAAUCAACAACUACAGUGAUGGGAGUGUUCUUUCACCAGAGGGUAGUGUGUGACUGAAAAGCUUUGUGUUAAAGCUAGAUGAUAAUAUAAAUGCUAAGCAUGUGUAAACGGUUUUAUAUUUAGAUGUUUAUUAAACAACUGGUGCUUUAACAUA